UGUUAGGUGCAGGGAGUGCUGGAGAGUGUGAAUCUAUCUGCUUGAGUAAUUGCUCUUGUACAGCUUACUCUUACAAUGACAAUGCAUGCUUGGCUUGGAAUCGGGAACUAAUGGAUUUACGUACAACAACCAGCAGAAACUGAUGGCAAUAAAAAAAUGAUCUACAUUAGACUUUCUGCUUAUGCAUCCGAGUUUUCAAGCAACAAAAAAGGUAAAGGGCGUCUAAUAGGGGCUGUUGUGGGUUCUGUUGCUGCUGUUAUGGUUCUAUUGGCCAUUGUCAUGAUAUACAUACGUUGCAGGCAUAUAUCUAGAACUACCAAAGAAGUUGAGGGAUCAUUGGUAGCAUUUCGGUACAAGGAUGACUUGCAAAUUGCAACUAAAAAUUCCUCAGCUAAGUUAGGGGGAGAUAAUGAGAGUGGUAUUGUUGUUCCUUUCUGCAGUUGGGAAAGUAUAAUAGCUGCUACCGAGAACUUCUCAGAUGUAAAUAAACUUGGACGCGGGGGAUUUGGUCCUGUUUACAAGGGAAUGUUUCAUGGAGGGCAAGAAAUUGCAGUGAAACGGUUGUCGAGCUGUUCUUCACAAGGCACUAAUGAAUUUCAAAAUGAAAUUGUAUUGAUUGCAAAGCUUCAACACCGAAACCUCGUUCGCCUUUUGGGCUACUGCAUGAAGGAGAAUGAAAAGAUCUUACUCUAUGAAUACAUGCCAAAGAAAAGUUUGGAUGCCUUUAUAUUUGAUAAAAAGCUAUGCAUGUUAUUGGACGGGAAGAAGCGGUUUGACAUCAUCUUGGGGAUAGCAAGAGGGGUUCUUUAUCUUCAUCAAGAUUCAAGGUUGAGGAUCAUUCAUAGAGAUUUGAAAACAAGCAACAUUCUGUUAGACGAAGAGAUGAACCCCAAAAUUUCAGACUUCGGUUUGGCAAGAAUUGUUGAGGGAAAAGGAAUAGAAGCAAGCACCAACAAAGUCAUAGGAAACUAUGGUUGUAUGUCUCCGGAGUAUGCAUCAGAUGGACUAUUCUCAAUAAAAUCAUAUGUAUUUAGUUUUGGACUUGUUGUUCUCGAAAUAGUCACUGGAAAGAGAAACACGGGAUUUUACCAAUCUACACAAGACUCGAAUCUCUUGGGUUAUGUAUGGACAUUGUGGAGUGAAAACAAGGCAUUGGAUAUAGUCGACCAAAUACUGCUUGAAUCUUGUAAGAAAUCUAAAGUUAUCAAGUGCAUAAAUGUUGGGCUGUUGUGUGUCGAAGAAGACCCCAGUAAUCGCCCUACCAUGUUGAAUGUAGUUUUCAUGCUUAGUGGAGAAAUCGUAGUUCUUCCAAUUCCAAAUCAACCAGUUUUUGUAAUGAGAAAACGCUCAUCCUCUAAUCAAUCGGGUUUGUUCUCCAACAAUGGGUUGAUGGUAUCUAUUCCACAAGGGCGUUAAUGAACUUUUUCUUAUUUCCUUCCA